UGCUGGACAGAAGUCAAAGCGAAGCAGAGCGAAGGUUUAUAAGAAGCCUCAAGACAAUAUCUGGGAUUUUGUCCAUUAUUAUCCAAUCUUGCUUGACGAUUGAGCUCUUCAGCAGAUUCAUUACUUCAAAAAAGAAGACAAUUCGCCUGCCUCUUCAAAAGACGAAGUGAAGGAUUCUUUUAUUCCAUGAUAUAAAAGGAAGGACCCUGGUGAACAUGGAACUUAUGCGAGUGCAAUUUGUCCUGCUAUUUCUCAGUGUGCUAAUUUCCAUCAUGGUCAACAGCAUAAUUUCAGCCGAGAGUGUGAAUACGCGAUGCGUUUUAAGGCAAAAAAAUACGUGUUAUCAAUAUUCUAUCGCAAGAAGGCGAAAUUUGACGUGUUCUGUAAGUGGUGAUAAAUUCAUGAACUGCCAUCAGUUGGCCAACGCAGGAGCCUUCAAUCUUAUAUGUUCUUCCCCAGGCGAAUGCAAGCAGCAAUGUGUAGCUGGCUACUGCCAGUCCCUAAAGUGCAACGCCAGGAAAUGCAACCAAUAUUGCCUCCGUGGACGGUGCAAUAUGGAGUGCAAUUCUGAGGAAUGCAUCCAAGAAUGUAAGGUAGGUGGAUGCGAAAUGAAAUGUCCAAGUGGUGUCAAGCGUUGUAUUCAGAAAUGCGGCCGAGGAAAUUGCAAAAUGCAUUGUCCAGCAGGAGUGCAAUACUGCAAGCAGUCGUGUGACACAGGAAGAUGUUUAAUGCUAUGUCAAGGAAAGGAAUGUUCCCGCUCCUGUCGCUACAGCAAAUGCCUGUACAACAGCGAGCCUGAAAAUGGGGCUGCAAUGGCUGUGGUUUCAAGUUGUAAUAGGGCGCGUCUUCGAAGACAUAGCAUUUGUUACCAGCACUGCCCAUCUGGGGACUGCAAUAUGAUGAACGUUAACAAUUUUGCCAUGCAUAGUCAAGCAUGCUAUGGAGGCAACUGCAACAUGAGGUGCAACGCGAACAAAAAGUGCAGUCAGGUUUGCGUCGGACGGCAUUGUCAACUUGUUACUUGCACCUCAGAAAUAUGUAUCCAAGAAUGCAUCGCAGGAGGAUGUAACAUGGAAUGCUACUCAAAAAUUUGUACUCAAAUUUGCAGAGAAGGAAAUUGUAGGAUGGCUUGCUUAUCGUCAAACUCCAAAAUAUGUUAUCAGACCUGUGCUGGAGGAGGCUGUGUCACUUCAUGUGAAGGUGAGAAUUGCAGCCCAAGGUGUUUUGGUGGACAUUGUAAACACUCUCUGUAUGAACCUCCUGGAUUGAUAACAAAUACUGCAUGCGACAAAAUAAAAGACGACACGUGUGUUCAAGAGUGUGGCUCAAGUGUAGGAUGUUCCCUCAAAAACGGACCCUCUAGCCCGUUGAAGGUCUCCAAUCAGACAUGCCAGGGUGGGUUUUGUGUGCUAAACUGCACGGAAUCAGAGGUAUGCAAUCAGGUUUGCACUAGCAAAAAGUGCUACACGAUGUCCUGUCACUCUAGUGAGUGCACGCAGGUUUGCGAAGGAAACGACUGUGGCCUGUUGGAAUGCUAUGCAGAUACGUGUACGCAAAAGUGUUUUGGUUUGGGAUGUCAUUUGAAGUGUCAUCCAUCUGUCCAAGUAUGCCAUCAGAUCUGCGUGGCUGAAAAAGGGAGAUGUGCGCUCGAGUGCUGGGCGAAGAAAUGUAUCACAACUAUGGUGUAGCCUUGAAAUUCAAAACGAUGAGCUCAGAAGCAAUCCUGCAAACGCGAAUUUUAAAAUUACGGCAAGCAUUUUAGCAACGAGAAGAAACGCUAUUUCAUGCUAGGAUGACUGUAAAACUUACUGUCAGGCGUUAAUGUCUUAAAAACCAACUUAAUAAUCAAUUGCUGAGGAAUCUCUCGUCAACUUAAAAGAGAUUAUUCGUUUUCUGUCAAAACGCUUUUUUUAUUUCGAAACUUAAAUUUGCUCUAAUUUAAAAAGCAUCAAACUUGGAGGAGAUCCGAAAACGAAAAUAUCUAAGUAUCAACAGACGGGCAGUAUCCAGCAGUAAGGCUGGACGUUAAAUUUUAACUUGUCUCUUCUGGGUACUUUUACGUUGAACAUUUUUCCUUUUUCUUCUAAAGAAGUGAUGGGUUGAACCGUGUUUGAAAUGUGUUCGACGUUCAUCGCUACUUUUAUUGUGUUACAAUGUCCAGUAGAACCAUAUUAAUGAAUUAUAAACAUAGGUUAAAAAUAGCAAUUGCAAGUAGCAGUGUGAUGAUAGUUCAAGCUAGUUGUCUUUGAGAAGUACAAUAUUCAUACAGGCAAUGUAUAAACUUCUGUUCACAGAGGGAAAGAUUUCAAAUAAAUCAAGUUUUUUUUCGUGAUCGAAAAAUAUAUUCGUUGGCCGUUAUACAAGAUUUUCGGAUUGACGAAGACCCGUUCUGGCCAUUAAUCCAGGCCCUUGGUCUAUGAAGACGAGGGGAAAAGCGUUCAGCAAAGAAAAGCGACUGUUUCUAGAAAGGCACCUUUUUAGCUAUCCCACACACCUUUUGUGCUACAUCUUUCAGCCGGCUUCACCGACCGAAAGCUUGGUGCAGUUAAAGAAGUGAGACGAUUGGUUGCACUAGCUAUUCAUAUUCAAGUGUUUGCCGUGUGGUGGGGCUUUCUGUACCAACUUAAAAGAUAAAUAAUAUAAUUGAUUGUA